CUUAUGAUGAGUGAGUAGUUCCCCUAGAACAUGGAAAGUAUAUGACAAGUUUUCCAUAAGUGAAGAAUUGGAGUUUAAAUUUUAAUAAUGAGAAAAAAGAUGCAUAUGUUUAGAAGAUAAAUAAUCCCUUAAAGAGAUUAAUCUCACGGUUACUGAAUAGAGGGAUACCCUAGUUAUAAAAAGAAAAUGAGGAGAUUCUUCAUCUUCAACCCAAUAACUUCCCAAACAAGUCUUCACUUUCCUGCUUCUAUUCUCUUCUCCUUCACUCCAGCAUCAUCAUCAUCAAGAAAAUGAGGAGAUUCUUCAUCUUCAACACAUGGAUCUUAGUUGCAUUCAUUGCAGUCCUUCCUGUUCUUCUCUCUCUCAGAACAACUUCAUUUAAUUUCUAUCAUACUUCUUUUCGUUCAGUGAAGUUAGCUGGUAUUUUUCCGUUUGAUUUCAGUGAAAGUAUCAGAGAUGGUUCCAAUCUUCGAUAUAAUUUCUAUAAGGAUUCUUGCCCUGAAGCUGAGAAUAUUGUUCGUUCCGCUGUUACCGAUAUUUACUCUGAUCAUAGAGACCUUGCACCUUCUCUUCUUCGUCUCUUCUUUCAUGAUUGCUUCAUCCAGGGUUGUGAUGCAUCCUUGUUGUUGGAGGAUAGAAACAUUUCCUAUGAGAAGCAGGCUAUUCCAAAUCAAACAUUAAAAGGUUUUGACAAAGUUGACUUGAUUAAGGAGGAGGUGGAACAAGCAUGUCCCGGCGUUGUCUCUUGUGCUGACAUACUUGCUCUUGCAGCGAGAGAUUCCGUUUUUUUGGGUGGGGGACCUUUCUAUCCAGUUUUAACAGGCAGACGAGAUAGCCUGCAAUCGUUUUUCCAGGAGGCAGCUGAUCAAAUUCCAAGGCCUGACGAUAACAUCACGCGCACACUGCACCUCUUCAAUCUUAGAGGAUUCAAUGCACGGGAAACAGUCAGCCUCCUAGGUGCACACAACAUUGGAAAAAUCGGUUGCGAUUUCAUUCAGCAAAGGCUGUACGACUUUCAAGGAACAGGGCAACCAGACCCGAGUAUACCUCUCGAUUUCCUUAGUCAGAUGAGGCAAAACUGUCCUGACAACAAUAAGAAUAAUGUCAGCAGCAACGGAAUGUUUUCGACGUUUACAGUUUCAAAGCCAAUGAAUGUUCAUCACUCUAAUAACAAAGGGAUGUCAUACAAGCAAGCAUUGUCAUCUGCAGUGUCAUCUGGAGCAUCUUUUGACACUCACUACUAUCAGAGCUUGUUGAGAGGAAGAGGGUUAUUGUUUGCUGAUCAACAGCUGAUGGCUGAAGAGAAGACAGCCAAAUUGGUUUCUGCUUAUGCUUCAGAUGACGGAUCAACCUUUCGGAUGGAUUUCGCAAGGGUUAUGAUGAAAUUGUCUAACCUUGAUGUUUUGACUGGAAAUCAAGGUCAGGUUCGUCUGAAUUGCUCCCGUGUCGUAAGCUCUUAAGCGAGUUGGUUCAUAUAUUUCAUUCUGGUUUAGCAAAUUUGUUCUCUUCUUAUGUAAGUUUCUCACACACAUUUGAGGGUAGUUUUGGCCAUGUGUUAAAUGUUUACAGAAUUUAUAGAUUUUGAUGGUACUGUGUUAAAUGUCUACUAUUGCAAGGCUGCAAUUCCUGAAUAGUCUAGUGUUGCAAGGCUGCAAUAAAUAUCAAUAAAUCAAAGUGUUCUGUUAUGCCUUAAUAAAA